CCCAUGUGAAUCUCGAGUCUUGUCCUACGUCAAUAAGGCUGUUUCGUUUCGUUUGCUGUGCCGCAGCGGGAUCACUGACAUCCCCGAUCAAUGGGUAUCUUGAACUGCCGUGGGUAUUCGGCCGUCUCUUCCCGCGCAGAAGCGACCCGAAUACGUCUCUACAUCCCGGCAAUAAGCCCCGCUACCCCAUGGGGAACGUUGCAUUCCCGGUUUGUUCACAUCCAAUAUUUUUUAUGCUGGGUUAGCUUGAGGAGUCGAGCACGAGUACGAUACCCGCUCGACUAGUGAGGCCCACGACUCAGUCGGCGGGGACUGAGCUACUCCUCCUCCCUUGCCCGAGCUCCUGCUAAGCUCGCAAGUGCCCCCAUUCGCAAUUAGCUGGAUGGCGUGGGCCACACUUAGACUAAAAAGAAAUGCCAGGGGUGCGCAAUCCGAUGGUGGGUGCGGCUUUGAAGUUCACCGGUCAAUCCACACUAGAUCGAAAUUUGCCCUGGAAUGUCGUUCCUGGAUCGUCGUGGAGAAUUGACUUAAAUAGACCGCGGGAAGCCCUCUCCACGAUGGCAUUCUCCUUUGAGUCGUUCGAGGCAGCUCAUUCGGAUCGUCUUCAGCCAAGCUCCAUCGUUUGGGUCUAUCCUGUGGCUCGCAGCUAGCUCCAUCCUCCCUUUGGUUAUUCCCAGUUUGUCCAGUGGAUCUACCCGGCAAACAUUCGUCUCUUUUCACACCAUGCAGCUUCCCACUCUCGUCUCGUCCCUCUCCCUCCUGGGAGCCGCCUUGGCGGUUUCGGACCAUGUCCAGCCCUUGGAAGAUAGGGCGGUGGCCAACGCGACGGUCGUUCUCAAGACAGCAACUGUCGUCGGAAACGUCAUGAACAAUGUCGAAUCUUUUGGCGGCAUUCCCUACGCCAAGCCGCCUACCGGACAAUUGCGAUUGAAGCCUCCCGUGCGCCUCACGGACAACAUUGGAACCUUUGACGCCACCGGCCCGGCGGCUGCCUGCCCGCAGAUGGUCUCCUCCUCCGACAGCGACAACAUCCUCUUCAACCUGCUGGGAGACAUUGCGAAUCUCCCUUUCGUCCAGAAGGCGACUGGCCAGACCGAGGACUGCCUUACCAUCACGGUGGCUCGUCCCCAGGGCACCACAGCAGAUGCGAAGCUGCCCGUGCUCUACUGGAUCUUUGGAGGUGGAUUUGAGCUCGGAUGGUCCUCCAUGUACGAUGGAACUGGCCUUGUCCAGCAUGGUGUCGAUAUCAGCAAGCCCUUCAUUUUCGUCGCCGUCAACUACCGAGUCGCCGGCUUUGGCUUCAUGCCUGGCAAGGAGAUCCUCGCUGACGGUUCCGCAAACCUUGGUCUCCUCGACCAGAGAAUGGGUCUCGAGUGGGUUGCAGACAACAUCGCGGCUUUCGGUGGCGACCCGGACAAGGUCACUAUCUGGGGCGAGUCUGCAGGCGCAAUUUCCGUCUUCGAUCAAAUGGCUCUCUACAACGGAAACAACAAGUAUAAUGGCAAGGCGCUCUUCCGUGGUGCCAUCAUGAACUCUGGCAGCAUCGUCCCUACCGACCCCGUCGAUUGCCCCAAGGGCCAGGCCGUGUACGACAAGGUUGUCUCAGAGGCAGGAUGCGCCGGCAAGGCCGACACGCUGGCCUGCCUGCGCGGAGUCGACUACACUACGUUCCUCAACGCCGUCACGUCUGUCCCUGGAAUCCUCUCCUACAACUCCUUGGCCCUGUCCUAUCUGCCCCGACCAGACGGCAAGACUCUUACUGCAAGCCCUGAUGUCUUGGCCAAGAACGGCCAGUACGCAGCUGUGCCCAUGAUUAUCGGAGAUCAAGAAGACGAAGGCACCCUUUUCGGCAUCUUCCAACCCAACCUGACUACCACUGAGAAGCUCGUCACCUACCUCAAGAACUACUACUUCGCGACUGCCACCACGGCCCAGAUCACUGCCUACGUUGCCACCUACGAUGAUGGCGUGACCGCUGUCAUCAACGGCAGCCCGCACCGCACCGGUCUCCUGAACGAGAUCUUCCCCGGCUUCAAGCGUCGUUCCGCCGUCCUUGGCGACUUGGUCUUCACCCUGACUCGCCGCGUCUUCCUCACCAUUGCUAACUCCGUGCAACCCACUGUACCUUCGUGGUCAUACCUCUCAUCGUACGACUACGGUACCCCGAUCCUGGGUACUUUCCACGGAUCGGACUUGCUCCAGGUCUUUUACGGUAUCAAGGACAACUAUGCCGCGCGAAGCAUCCGUACCUACUACACCAACUUUGUCUACGCCUCGGACCCCAACGUCGGCCUCAACGGAGCGUACCCGACCUGGCCUCAGUGGUCGCAAGGCCAGAACUUGAUGCAGUUCUUCGCGGACAAGGCUAGCACCCUAAAGGACGACUUCAGAAAGUCGAGUUCAGACUGGAUCUUGAACAACGCCGGAAGCUUAUACUUCUAG